CCUGAGUUUCUUCACCUCAUCCAUUGCAAGUUCUAUGACCACAAUGCAAAGUGGCUCAUUUGUGCAGUUGGUGACACAGAGAUCAAUUUUCAGUUCUCUGUGUUGCAGGUCAUCACUGGGUUCCAUCAUUUUCAUGGUGGGAUUUCAAAACUUAAACAGGUUACAGGACAUGCUCAAUGCAAUGUCCAGUGCUCAAUUGUUGCAGUCAGUAUGGAUGCAGUACCUAGCACCAUGAUGACUGCUGUACAAGCUCUCAUGGACUUUCAGUACCUUGUACAGUCACCCAUAAUUGAUGACAUCCAACUCACCCAUAUUUCCACAGCCCUUGAAGAAUUUCAUGCCAACAAAGAUGCAAUUAUAGACAGCGGAUUUUGUUGUGGUCAGCAUGGUGGAGUCAUUGAGAACUGGUACAUACCAAAGCUGGAGCUCAUGCAGUCCAUAGUUCCAAGCAUAAGGAACACUGGAGUUCCUCUGCAAUGGACCACUGACACCACUGAACAUGCGCACAUAACAGCAAUCAAGGAUCCUGCUUUCUCCAGCAACAACAACUAUGAUCCCCAGAUAUGUCGCCAUCUUGACCGUACCAAUAAAUGCUGA